AAGCGCGCGCAGCCUGAGUUGCGCUUCGCUGCUGGCCGGACAUUAAUUACGUCUUUCACCUUGCAUCUGGGGGAUGGUGAGGAAGGAAGGCACUCACCUAACCUAAGUGUGGAGAAGUCCUAUCAGCAACGGGAAGAAGUGUAAGAACCAACCGCUGAAUGUUUCUCAUUUAUUUUUAAAUUUUUUUCCUCGGGCAUUUAAAGACCUCGUUUCCAGAUUUCCGGGGGGGUAAUCUCGGCUGCAGACUUCUAAGCCUAACCUCUUGGUAACCUGAAUUUUCCUCUCUCGCACCCACUCCCCGAGCCCACCCGGGUUUCCCUGCCUCCUUCGCACAAGGCCAUCUUUACUUUGCAAAGCAACAGAAAGACCAAAAAAUCAGGCCCAGCAGGUACUCUUCUUUCAAAAAAAAAAAAAAUCACCUUGAUUUCUAACCUCCUCACGCCCGCAAUUUUUCUGCUGAGGAACUAAAAAUAUUUCGAAAAAAGGAAAAAGGAGGAGGCGGCAACGGGCUGUGGCCGCAACCGGUCAGCCCAGCUGGACAGCAGAGUGUAAAGUGGGGAUUAGGGGGAGCACACCGCCUCUUUGGAGAGCCGCAGGGCCACCACCCGUGUGUGAGCCUUGGAUCCCUCAACGUACUGCGAGACGCCGGUGUACAGCCCGGACCUGUGCCCCAACAUGAUCGCCGCGCAGGCUAAGCUGGUCUACCAGCUCAAUAAGUACUACACCGAACGCUGCCAGGCGCGCAAGGCGGCCAUCGCCAAGACCAUCCGCGAGGUCUGCAAAGUGGUCUCCGACGUGCUGAAGGAAGUGGAGGUGCAAGAGCCGCGCUUCAUCAGCUCCCUGAGCGAGAUCGAUGCACGCUAUGAGGGGCUCGAGGUCAUCUCGCCCACGGAAUUCGAGGUGGUGCUCUACCUCAACCAGAUGGGCGUCUUCAACUUCGUGGAUGACGGCUCGCUGCCCGGCUGCGCCGUGCUCAAGUUGAGCGACGGGCGCAAGCGGAGCAUGUCCCUCUGGGUCGAGUUCAUCACGGCGUCCGGCUACCUCUCGGCGCGCAAGAUCCGCUCGCGCUUCCAGACGCUGGUGGCCCAGGCGGUGGACAAGUGCAGCUACCGGGAUGUGGUCAAGAUGAUCGCUGACACCAGCGAGGUCAAGCUGCGCAUUCGCGAGCGCUACGUGGUGCAGAUCACGCCGGCGUUCAAGUGCACCGGCAUCUGGCCUCGCAGCGCGGCGCAGUGGCCCAUGCCCCACAUCCCCUGGCCCGGCCCCAACCGCGUGGCGGAGGUCAAGGCCGAAGGGUUCAACUUGCUGUCCAAGGAGUGCUACUCGCUGACCGGCAAGCAGAGCUCGGCCGAGAGCGAUGCCUGGGUGCUGCAGUUCGGGGAGGCAGAGAACCGGCUGCUGAUGGGCGGCUGCCGGAACAAGUGUCUGUCGGUGCUCAAGACGCUGCGGGACCGCCACCUGGAGCUGCCGGGCCAGCCGCUCAACAACUACCACAUGAAGACGCUGCUGCUGUACGAGUGCGAGAAGCAUCCGCGCGAAACGGACUGGGACGAGGCUUGCCUGGGCGACCGGCUCAACGGCAUCCUCCUGCAGCUCAUCUCCUGCCUGCAGUGCCGCCGCUGCCCUCACUACUUCCUGCCCAACCUCGACCUCUUCCAGGGCAAACCCCACUCGGCCCUGGAGAGCGCUGCCAAGCAGACCUGGAGGUUGGCCAGGGAAAUUCUCACCAAUCCCAAAAGCCUGGACAAGCUAUAAGGGUGCUGAGGACAGCUUGAAAAGCGACGCUAACGGGCGUGCUCUC